AUGUCUUUUGCGGGAAACGUUGUUCAAUCGCUCGUUCGAGUGCUAUGGAAGCCACAGAUUACUACAGUCCGAUAUAGGUAUCAUGCGGACAAAGUGGCCCGUGGACCACUAGUUAGACGUUAUGGUUAUGAGGACAGGAUUCUUCAACGUGGACUUCUACCUCAUCUGGAUAAUGGACAAAAAUUGCCUAUGCCAGAUUACAAACCAAAGAAUGCAUGGUGUGAAAAAAGGGCGCUUUUUGGACAAAAUGACUACAUCGACAUUUUAGGUAACGAUAGGCUUCAUCCUACACGCGUGCUGUACUCUGUACCUUCUUGGUUACGUGGCGUGUCCGGUAAUGAGUACCAAGUGCUGCUACGGAAGCGGAAAAUGCUCAGCCAUACCAUUUACCCUAUCGCAAGACCUACGAAAUGGCGUGAUAUGGAAAAACGCAUCUCAUAUCUGUAUCGUUUCCUCAAUCGCAAAACUAAGACAGGAUUUUCAAACGUUUAAAUUUCAAAUCAAAGUCCUAGUAGUACAUAGAGAA